CUGAGAGCAGCAGAGCAUCAGUGUGUGUCGAGAUGUCCGACUCUCUGCUGCCCGCGUGUGUCCUCUGUCUGCUGGCACUCUCUGUGCUCUCAUCCGCCUGCUACAUCCAGAACUGCCCUCGAGGAGGCAAGAGAUCCCAGCCAGAGCCCAUCAGACAGUGCCCGGCGUGUGGUCCGGGGAAUCAGGGCCGUUGUCUUGGCCCCAGUAUCUGCUGCGGGGCCGGUCUGGGUUGUCUGCUUGGAUCUCCAGAGACGCUGAGCUGCAUGGAGGAGAAUCUGCUGCCGGGCCCCUGUGACACAGUCGGGACGUCCUGCGGGGCCCGGGGCCGAUGCGCCGCUCCAGGCGUCUGCUGCGACUCUGAGAGCUGUGUUCUGGAUCCAGAUUGUCCUGAAGACGUGGGAUCUCAUCAGACUGAAGACGGCGUGGGUCUGAAGGGCGUUUCUGGAGAAAUGCUCCUGCGUUUGUUCAAUCUUGCCACUCGGAGAGAAAAACCCUUCUGAUCCGAUCAUUCACACAAACUCACACACACACACACACACACACACACACACACACACACACACACACACACACACACACACACACACACACACACACA